CCCUUAACAUCGUCUUACGUCCUCUUCCUAACUUUACUAUCAGCGACAGCUCACGUAAACAACGAACCCGCCUGACUCUAGAUCUGGUGUUGAGUUUAAAACGCUCUAGUCAAAGCAACAAGUCGCAUUCAUUGACAGCGCCCAACGUAAGCAUGAAAAGAGCGGAGAUCUGCGAGGCUUUAGCUCCUCUGAAGAUUGUCGACUAUCCUGAAGUUCCGCCCCCUCCCCCUAAAGGGGUUGUGGUUAAGAUUACCUACUCUGGCGUCUGCCACUCCGACGUCCACAUAUGGGAAGAUGAGAUGGACAUGGGGGAUGGCGUCAAAAUGAAGCUCACUGCGGGGAAAUUUAUAAAAUUUCCAUUGGCACCUGGCCAUGAGAUCGCGGGAAUCAUUGAAGCGGUCGGAAGCGAGGCAGGUUCAGAAGUGAAAGUUGGCGACGCUGUGGUUGUGUACCCGUGGCUGGCGUGUCUUCAAUGUGACCUGUGCACCCACGGACAGCCCAACCUCUGCUUGAACGCGGUGGAGAGAAUUGGGGCUGCAAAACACGGAGGGUUCGCCACUCACGUGGUGGUUCCUAUCACCAGUGGUGCUGUGGUGAAGAUUCCCAAGGGUCUGGCGCCGGAAGUCGCCUGUAUGGUGCCGUGUAGUGGCAUCACCACCUACAACGCCGUCCUGAAGACGAAAGAAAGAGUAACCGAAAUGGUCAGGAUGAAAGGCAAUGCCAAGCUCCUCAUCAUCGGUGCCGGCGGACUUGGAAUGUGGUGUAUUCAGUUUGCGAAGGCACUGCUUCCCCCAGAAACCAAGGUUUUCUCCGCGGAUAUCUCAGAAGAGAAAUUGCAGAUGGCGAAGGAAGCCAAUGCAGAUGACACAAUUCUAUGGAGUAAAGAUGCUAAUGAGCAAGAAAUCCUCGCGCAGACGAUGCAGCGCUCAGGUGGAGUAUUUGAUGCCGUCAUUGAUUUGGUUGGAGCCGGAGCGACUUCUCAAAGGGCGUUUAACUUGACAGAGCGGGGUGGUAUUCAAGUGAACGUUGGGUUAUUCGGUGGUAACAUGAAGAUACCGUUAAUCGUCCUGGCGCUGCACACGAAGUGUGUACAGGGUGUGUGUGUUGGGGCGCCACAUCACCUGGAGGACUGCCUGAAACUGGUCGCUGAAAAGAAGCUCAAGCCUCCGCCGCUUGAAUUCUUUACUUUGGACCAAGCAACCGAAGCACUGACUCGACUCAAAGAAGGAACAAUGAAGGGCCGCGGUAUUCUGAAGCUUUAGAUCGUCCUAAUCCUUCCUGGAGAUAGUGAAUGAAUUGACCUAUCCAAUAUUUCGUUUUUACCAAAUUAUUCAGAGACUAAACGAUUGCAGCCCUAAACGAUUGGUGAACUGAGAAUGAAAUUAAUGUCUUAGUUAAACCAAAAGUAAGCGUGAAAUUGAUAUUCAGUUUCAUAAAUGCUCAAAUUACGAUAGCACAUACAGUAUAUCCUACGGGAAGUGAAUAUCGCUUGGAUAAAGUUGUAACUAGGCAGUGCUUUUAAUAGACACGAGAAGCAGAAGAACUUCUACAGUAUUAAGUGGAGGACUUCAGAUCUUGAUAAUAAUGAUGAAAUUUCGCUCUCGAAUAAACCAUACUUCUUUGUCCUGGUUUAUUCUGUGAAAUCUGGGCGAUCGUUUUAUA